GGGGGGCGGGGAGGAGGAGGCGGCCUUCAGCGGGAGGCUCCGGAGACGCCGCGCGCAGGCGCACGCCUCUGCCUCUGUAGCCCUUGCCACCCGGCAGCCGGGCAGAGUGCUCACUGCGCAUGCGCAGUGGGCGAAGGCGCUGGCCUUUCCCUUAGUUGACAUGGUGGCUACGGCCUCUUUCCAGAAUUCGGGCCCACACAUCCCGUGAAAUUAAGAGACGUGCAAUUAUCCUCUCGCAAGGCUUCAUUUCCCUGCUUUUCCUCUACUGUUUUCGUUCGGCAAACGUUAGUCUGCCGUCCACAUCUGGAUACGUAACAACGUUCGACUGCUGUUUGACGGGGUAAAGGAAGCCCUUUGACACUCACGCGAAAUGUCACUUGACAGGGGGCAAAGGUGACAAUCACUGUAGGAAAUCUCGUCUCAAAUCCCCUUUAAAGUGCCCUCCCAUUGAAGGAAAACGAGGCGGGAAGGGCGCUAUUCGAAUUUAACUUAUUUCUUAACCCCUAACUUUAAAGGAAAAAACGAAAAAAAAACCCUUCGCGGAACCUCGGCUUGGUCUCCUUCCUCGGCCCGCCCCUUCCGCUGCGCAUGCGGCAGAAUGCCCUGCUGAUUGGCUAGUGUCAUGAGCCCGACGGGGCGCGAUGAUUGGUCGGUGGGAAGUUCUUCGUGUUGUGACUGGUCUGCGGGGGCGGCUCGGGGCGCGCGCGGGAGCGAGCUUUGAAAGUUGACCACGGAGCCGGCGAGCGGGUUUCCUGGUGAUCAUGGUGGCGCUGCCGGGCCUCGGGAGCGGCCUGCAGCCCUGGUGCCCGCUGGAUCUCAGCCUAGAAUGGGUGGAAACAGUGUGGGAACUGGACUUCACGGAGACUGAGCCUUUGGAUCCCAGCAUAGAGGCAGAAAUUAUCGAGACUGGAUUGGAUGCAUUCACAAAACUCCACGAAAGUCUUUUACGCUUUGCUACGGAAGAACAUGGAUCUACAGAGAUCUUUUGGACCUUCUUCGCUGAGAACAACAUUUCUCACCGUGCGCUGGUGGCUUUAUUCUAUCACUUUGUUCAAACAGUCCAUAAGAAAAACGUCGGGGUGCAGUAUCGAGAAUAUGGCCUUCACGCCGCUGGUCUUUAUUUUCUGCUACUAGAAGUUCCAGGCAGUGUAGCCAAUCAAAUAUUCCACCCAGUGAUGUUUGACAAAUGUAUACAGAUUGUAAAGAAAAGUUGGCCUCAGGAAUCUAACUUGAGUCGGAAAAGAAGGAAAGAACAUCCGAAGAACUCUCAGACUAAUCCAAGAGGGCAUAGAAAGAGAGGAAAGCCACCCAGGAAAGAGGAUAUUGAGAUGGAUGAAAUUGUAGAAGAACAAGAAGAUGAAGAAGACAUCAGUUUUUCUGCCUGGGACCUUUGUCAAAUUCGAAAAGCCAUCUUUCAUCUUUUAAAGAAUUUUUUAAGGCUUCUGUCCAAGUUUUCCCUGAAAGAAAAGCCACAGUGUGUACAGAAUUGUAUCGAGGUCUUUGUGGCAUUAACUAAUUUUGAGCCAGUUCUUCAUGAAUUUCAUGUUACACAAGCCAGCAACCUUAACCAAGCGAAGUACAUACCAGAACUGGCCUAUCAUGGAUUGUAUUUGCUAUGCUCCCCAAUUCAUGGAGGAGAAAAGGUCAUCGGUUGUGUUUUCCAUCAAAUGCUGAAUGUGAUAUUAAUGUUAGAAGUGGGUGAAGGGUCCCAUCAUGCCCCCCUUGCUAUCACGUCAUCAGUCAUCAGCAGCAGAAACCAGGCAGUCCAGUUUAUCAGCUCACUUGUGGAUGAACUAAAGGAAAGUAUAUUCCCAGUUCUUCGUAUCUUACUCCAGCACAUCUGUGCCAAGGUGGUAGAUAAAUCUGAGUAUCGGACCUACGCAGCUCAGUCCCUGGUACAGCUGCUCAGCAAACUUCCUUGCGGGGAAUAUGCUACAUUUAUUGCCUGGCUUUACAGAUAUUCACGAAGCUCCAAGAUCCCACACCGGGUUUUCACUCUUGAUGUUGCCUUGGCUCUGUUGGAACUGCCGGAAAGAGAGGCAGAUCACACACUGUCCUCGGAGCAUCAGAAGUUCUUAAAGCAUAAGUUCUUGGUGCAGGACAUAAUGUUUGACCGCUGUUUAGACAAGGCACCGACUGUCCGCAGCAAGGCAUUGUCCAGUUUCGCACAUUGCCUGGAGCUGUCCGCUAACAGCACAUCGGAGAGCAUACUGGAAUUUCUGAUUAACAGUCCUACCAUUUUAGGAAUAGAGAGCCAUCCUGGUACUUUCCUGAGAAAUUCAUCAGCUUUUUCCUGUCAGAAGCAGACACUGAACCCUGGAGACUCAGGGGUGACCAAUACAGACAGCAGUGGUGAAACAAUUGGAUCUAGGGAAAGGUGUGUCAUGGCCAUGCUGAGAAAGAGAAUCCGGGAUGAGAAGAUCAACGUGAGGAAGUCUGCGCUCCAGGUAUUGGUGAGUAUUUUGAAGCACUGCAGCGUCUCAGGCAUGAAGGAGGAGCUUUCAAUUCUUCAGGAGCAGUGCCGGGACCCUGCUGUAUCUGUCCGGAAGCAGGCCUUGCAGUCUCUUACUGAACUUCUUAUGGCCCACCCUAGAUGUGCCCAGAUCCAGAAAGCCUGGCUGAUGGGGAUCACCCCCGUUGUGAUGGACUCGGAGAGCACCGUGCAGGAAAAGGCCCUGGAAUGCCUGGACCAGGUCCUGCUGCAGAACAUUAAGCACUUCAAUAAGUUUCACAGUGGAGAUGACAGCCAGGUGCUGGCUUGGGCACUGCUUUCUCUCCUUAGUACAGAAAGCCAGGAGCUGAGCCGCUAUUUAAAUAAGGCUUUUUAUAUCUGGUCCACGAAAGAUAAAUUCUCAUCUGCUUUUAUAAACAACAUGCUAUCCCACACUGGCACGGAACAUUCUGCACCAGCCUGGAUGCUGCUCUCCAAGAUUGCUUGCUCAUCACCCAAGCUCGACUACACCAGAGUAAUAGAGUCCUGGGAGGAGAUCAGCAGUCAACAGAAUCCCAAUUCAAACACCUUGGGCCAUAUUCUGUGUGUUAUUGGGCAUAUUGCAAAGCAUCUCCCAAAGAGCACCCGAGACAAGGUGACCGAUGUUGUCAAGUGUAAGCUGAGUGGAUUCCGCUGGUCUCUAGAGCUGAUCAGCUCCGCUGUUGAUACGUUGCAAAGACUCUGCAGAGCAUCUGCGGAGACACCUGUGGAGGAGCGGGAGUUACUGAAUCAGGUGUGCGGGGAUGUCCUCUCCACCUGUGUGCACUGCCUCUCCAACAUCGUUCUGAAGGAAGGUGGAGCUGGGAAUAUGGAUGAGGACCUGUUGGUGAAGUAUAUUUUUACCUUAGGAGAUAUAGCCCAACUCUGUCCAGCCAGAGUGGAGAAGCGAGCCUUCCUUCUGAUUCAGUCCAUUGUAGCUUCCUCUGCGGAUGCGGAUCACCUAGCAUCCUCUCAAGGUAGCAGCGACGCCCCGGCCUCCCAGCCGCUCGCCCCCGUCAGAGGCUCCUCCGUCAUGCCUUCUGUGAUCAGAGCACACGCCAUCAUUACCCUGGGUAAGCUGUGCUUACAGCAUGAGGAUCUGGCAAAGAAGAGCAUCCCGGCCCUGGUGAGAGAGCUGGAGGUGUGCGAGGACGUGGCCGUUCGCAACAACGUGGUCAUUGUCAUGUGUGACCUUUGUAUCCGGUACACUGUCAUGGUGGACAAGUACAUUCCCAAUAUCUCCAUGUGUCUGAAGGACUCAGACCCCUUCAUCCGCAAGCAGACGCUCAUCUUGCUUACCAAUCUCCUGCAGGAAGAAUUUGUGAAAUGGAAGGGCUCUCUGUUCUUUCAGUUUGUCAGCACUCUGAUAGACUCACACCCAGACGUCGCCAGUUUCGGGGAGUUUUGCCUGGCUCACCUGUUACUGAAGAGGAAUCCUGCCAUGUUCUUCCAGCACUUUGUUGAGUGUAUUUUCCACUUUAAUAACUACGAGAAGCAUGAGAAGUAUAACAAGUUCUCCCAGUCGGAGAGAGAGAAGCGGCUUUUCUCACUGAAGGGAAAGACAAACAAGGAGAAACGAAUGAAAAUCUACAAGUUUCUUCUAGAGCACUUCACCGAUGAACAGCGAUUCCACAUGACGUCCAAAAUCUGCCUUGACAUUCUGGCGUGCUUCGCGGAUGGCGUCCUGCCCCCGGACUCGGAAGCCAGCGAGCUCCUCUCAGAUGCCUUUGAGGUCCUCAGCUCCAAGGAAAUCAAGCUCUUGGCGAUGAGGUCCAAGCCAGACAAGGACCUGCUCAUGGAGGAAGACGACGUGGCCCUGGCCAACGUGGUCAUGCAGGAAGCCCAGAAGAAGCUCAUCUCCCAGGUGCAGAAAAGGAACUUCAUAGAGAACAUCAUCCCCAUCAUCAUCUCCCUGAAGACCGUGCUGGAGAAGAACAAGGUCCCGGCCCUGCGGGAGCUCAUGAACUACCUCAGGGAGGUGAUGCAGGACUACCGAGAUGAAAUCAAGGAUUUCUUUGCCGUCGACAAGCAGCUGGCGUCAGAACUCGAGUACGACAUGAAGAAGUACCAGGAACAGCUGGCCCAGGAGCAGGAGCUGGCGAGACAAGCAGAUGCGAACAGGGUGGAAGGUGCUGACGGGGCCCAGGCCGUGCAGGUUUCUCCAAGUUUAGAAAUAAUGCCAGCUUCUGACGGCCAAGAAAAUGCCAGUGUCCCCCGUGGUGCGAGCCAGCCCUCGAAGCCCGGGUCCAGCGCCGGCCAGGCACCGCCUGGGCCUCUGUCAGCUGACGCGGGGCAGUCCAAGAGGCCCCUGCCCAAGGCCAGGUCCUUGUCUCUCAGUACCAUUGCCAUCCUGAAUUCCGUCAAGAAGGCCGUGGAGUCCAACAGCCGGCGUGGGAGUCGGAGCAUCGGAAUGUUGCCGUUCACUUUAAAUUCGGAAAGCCUGGACAGAGCGCACCCUCACCGAGCAUCUUCGUACAGCCUGGAGCAGGAGUCCAGUGGAGCCAUCGACCCCGUGGCCAGACGUGCCAUCAGCACCCCUGAGAAGACCAUAGGAGACGUCACGUUUGAGGCGGGAGUCAGCUACAUCGGCACACCCCGGACCCCCUUUCCCGUCAGAGAGAAAAUUGAAGCCCAGAAUCCAGGAAACACUUUGUGUUUAUCAUCACCUGAUAAGCCGCCUCCGGCGCCUCCACAGUGGAACGUGAAGUCUCCAGCGAGAAAUAAAGACAACCCAGUCCCCAGCAAGAGGUCGCUCCGGAAGACGCCCCUGACAGCCGCCAACUAGAACAGUGCACGCAGGGCACGCGGGCAGCGGGCUGGGAAGACAUCAUUUCCGCACGGGGACAGGCACCCCCCGUAUCACCUCCGGGAGCCCCGGGGGCGCUUCGUUAUGUGCCCCAGCACUUGUGCUGUGACUCCAGCUGGUUCAGUUGCUCCAGGAGUAUGUGGUAAAAGUUGUAAAAUAAUAGAGAAAUGCCUUAGCUGUGUCACGUUUUAUCUUUACUCCAUGUGGAAGUAUCAAGUCCGUUCUGGUGGUCCCUAAGGAACACGUGACACGUUGGCUUUCUCGUGUACAGAUCCAACCUGUUAGCUGAUAAGAAUCCUCUAGAGUGAAUGGUUCCCUGUGUGUAUGACAAGAUUUUGAUUGUAAUAUUUUUCUAUUCUUAUUUAUGAACUGCACAUUUUUAAAAGUGUACAGCUUUCUAAAACGAUAAUAAAGCAUAAAUACAGCCUUAUAGUUUCUACUGCAAUAGAAUUUUUUUAUUCUUACAACAGGGCUUUUAUUGGUAGUCAUUUCGAUUUACAUAAAAACUUGAGAAUUUUAAAAAUCUUUCAAGUUAAAAUAAUGACUGUUUGUCCUUAAAUUUCAGUGCCUAUGUCCCCAGACAGACGCUGCUGCCUCCUGACAACAGGUGUCCCUGUAAGUGUAUGGACCUAGUCCUGCUGGUGAAAGCCUGCUGCAGGCCCUCCCCCUCCCCCGAGCGGCACCGACACGGAGCUGUGCUGACCGUCUGCUCCUGUGAGGUGCCUCAGUCUCUUCUGUCGGCCCCACCAGGUAGCCUCGCAACAUGCACGUGUGUUUUCACCAGGAAUGACCAGAAACCCCGCUGCUCACUUUUUAUUCCCAGACUACAGAUGCAGAGCACAGGGCACUGUGACAGUGUUAAUAUCAACACGGCAGCUGGAUUUGAGGGCAGAACAUCCCUGUGACCUGCCCACAGCUCUCCCGUGUGACCUGUGACACAUGGAGUCACAGAGCUGCUCCUGAGUGAGCCACUCCUGUCCAAUCCAUGGACAUGUGGUGGCGGUCUGAGUGCUCACCUGGAAAUGCUAGGAAGAAGGGCAACCCCGACAUGAGAGGAAAUAAGAAAGAAAUAACGAGGCAAAGUUGAUUUUUGUAAAGCUUUUAUAAAUGAGGUUGAACACAUACCGAUUUAGGGGGUGUUAGUACAAGUCUGCACACCUACGCACAGCCACGCCGAAGGCCACGGCAGCGGACAGGCCUCAUGCCUUUAGUCACAUUCACAUUUGAAAAACAUGAGUGUUUCUUAUCUAUCUACAUUUUUAGUCACAGGCAACUACUUCCCAGACUCCACGCUUCACUUUUCUCUCCUGUCAGACCCAGUUCACCUGG